CGAAAGCAUUCGAUCAUUUCUAUCGAUAAGAGAGGAAAGGGAGGAGCCAGGUACUCACCUACUCGGGCGAGCGCAGUUGGCGCGCCACGGCCUCCCGAAUUCGUUUCACUCUUCGUCGACACGAUUCUCCACCGCGGAAACGUCCCUAGAUCAUGGAUCGACCUUACCCUAAUCCGAUCGAGGAUCUGCGGGAAUCGGACUUUUACCACGAAAACGUCAGCUGCGACCACGGCCUCGUUCCUACAGCCAUCGAGAACAUCGAAAGUCUCGCUGCGUUUGGAGCGAUCAUUUUGAGCAUCGGGUCGCUCUUGUGGAUCGUAACGCUUUACCUUGCCAUCGACGCCGCCUAUAAUGUCCUACUUCAAGAAGAAACAUCUCGUUACAAGACGAGCGCCGUCACUAUAUUAUCGGUUUAUCCAGUGGCGAGCCUGUGCAGCCUUCUUGCGAUCGCGGUACCAAGGGUCCAGGUCGCGUCGGAAGCAACUACUCAAAUUUUCCUCACGAUAUCCUUCUAUCGGCUGUACUUGCUACUAAUUGACGUGGGACGAAAGACCGUUUCAAAGCCGCCUCCGUUGAAGCUGAACGUUGGUCCUUGUUGCUGCUGGCCCUGUCUGCCGUUUCCUACCGCGGACAUGAACGGCACCUACUUGUCGUGGCUCGGCAUUUCGGUCGUCCAGUUGCCCAUCGUCCAGGGAUUGACCUACUGCAUCUUCCUCUUCAUGGCAGCGGAAGAACCGUCCCUGGUGAGAAGAUACGGCGUGUUCUUCCAACCGCUUUCGGUCAGCAGCAUCCUGCUAGGAAUUUACGGAGUGACGGUCACUACCAAGUCCCUGCACGACGUCGCCCCAGAAGCCGGUCUGCAGCUCAAAACCCUGGUGUCACAACUGGUGCUGCUAUUCUCCAAGCUGCAGGGCUUCAUCAUAAAGAGCCUCUCGGGAACGGGACUGUUCCCGUGCAAUCCUCCACUGACGCCUCUAAUUUAUUCUUAUGUGACCUACAACGCCCUGAUGGUAAUCGAAAUGCUGCUGCUCUGCUAUGCCGCGAGAUUGCUUUACACGGACUCCGAGAAACGGGAAGAUUCUACCCGGGCCAGAGAUCAGACCAAAGACAAGGAGACCUCGGGGGAAGUGAUGAAUAACAACGAAGAAAGAACGGUGUAGCUUCGUAUUUCGUAAGCCGCAAAGGUCGCGAGGAACGCCGUUAAGAGGAUCGCCCCGAAGAAGAUGACGAUAGUUUCUGGAAAGAAGGGACGAAAGGGGUCCGACUUCUUCCCCUGAAAUCCCGAGGGACGUAAUUAGGUGUUGUUUCUCCGGUCGAAGUUGUACCUACGUGAUCGAAAGCGUUAACGAAAGAGUGGAAUGUUCCUUGCCAAAUAUCACGAUUUAUUACGUCGCUCUUGUA